AUGAAAGGCCCUUCAUUGCAUCCAAGCUUGCAGUUCUUCCUGCACUGGAAAGGCGACGUAUUCGGAGAUGUUUUCUGGAAGGAAGUUACUUUGGCUCAGGCCUGCGCAAAUGUCCGAGCCCUGACCUACUGUGACCUCCACGUCAUUAAACGGGACGCCUUACAGAAAGUCCUGGAGUUCUACACUGCUUUUUCCAACCACUUCUCCAGGAACCUGCUACUGACGUACAAUCUGAGGAAGAGGAUUGUGUUCCGGAAGAUCAGCGAUGUGAAAAGAGAGGAGGAGGAGCGGCUGAGGAGGAAGAAUGAAGCCCCCCUGAACCUCCCCCCGGACCACCCGGUCCGCAGGCUGUUCCAGAGGUUCCGGCAGCAGAAGGAGGCCCGGCUGGCCGCCGAGAGGUUCAAGGAUCCGGACGAGCUGGAUGUGGAGAAGGGCACCAUCUGCGUGGAGCCGUCGCCCCAGGACGUCGUCGCCACCACCAGCAUCGUCACGGUGACCGAGAGCCCCGCCACCCCGGUCCCCUCCGUGUCGGCCGGCGCCUCCACCUCCGGCGCGUCGGACCGGGCGAAGCUGCAGGCCCCGGCGGUCUCCAGCUACGCGGGCAGCAAGUCGGCGGAGACCGCGAAAGGCAAGGGCUGGAACAAGUUCAAAGACUCGGUGGGAAAGGCAGACAACUGGAACAAAGUGUCCAAGGCCGAAUCCAUGGAGACUCUGCCAGAAAGAACUAAAUCUCACGAGGAGACGUCUCUGAAGAAGACCGACUCCUGCGACAGCGGCAUCACAAAAAGUGACCUGCGUCUGGAUAACGUCGGAGAAGUCAGAAGCCCCCAGGACAGGAGCCCUGUCCAGGCCGAGGUCAAACAUACCUUUUAUCCAAUCCCCGAACACACCAUCCAGGCGUCCAUCUUGGAGCUGAAGCAUGAACUGAAAGAGGACAUCAAAGCCCUCAACGGCCGGAUGGCUGCCCUGGAAAGCCAGCUUGCCGAAAUGCUCAGAAUACUCAAAUCUCGGAAAUCGCGCACUUCGCCUCAGCACCUUUUCGAAAUCUCCAGGCCGGUGUCUCCUGAAUCGGACAAAGAGGACAUGUUUUCGUAAUUUUUGGGGGGAAUGGAAAUGUGAGUUUUGUCCUGGAAGAGGCGCAUGGACGGUGAGGAAAACCACACAGGGCGCAUAACCCAUUGUUUCUGCGAAUGCAGGAAAUUGUAAGAAUGUAUCAGAAAGGUAAGACAUGAAAUAAAUGUAUCUGUCACUAGAGUGAUUUAAGUAUGGGGCUGCUCCUGGUUCUGUACAGUAGUUGUACCUCCAGACUGCUUUUUCGCACCUGGGAUUACACUGGAUUACAGCUCUUCUGUGUUUCUGCUCAGUUUCCUGUGUACGAUAGCUGUAUAUCUGAGUUCUAACGGGUCUUUUUUUGUAGAGUUUAACACGGACAGAGCAGAAUUCUAUUUUUAUUUAACAAAGCAACCUCUAGGCAGUUUCUAUUAUUGACCAAUUUUAGAGUCUUUUUGAACAAUAAAUUGUCUGUUUGCAUUUUUUGUUAUCUUGAUUUUCUUAAUGUAAAUCUGUUCUGGUUUUCUUCUAGUUUCAUUUUGACCAGACAGAAUCCCUCCCUCCUUCUUUUGUUCUUUUAAUUGAACUUCAUAGUCAUAAGCAAGUUCUCAGGAUCUUCAUCCUGUUUCAGACAUCAUCCCUUGUCUGCAGAUCAUCAAAGUGUUGGGAGUUAUCUCUGAUCUCUGUAAAAUCACUGGCUUGCUGCAUGUGGUGUGUUUCUGUAGGAACCUCCUUGUAUUCUCUCAAAGAUGUCAUGUGUUAAGUGCAGCUACAGCAUAGGCGUGCUGCUUGUUUAUCAUGGAUCUCUAGUUUUUCCAUUGUCCUAGUCUUGCUGAAACCAAGCAGGUCUGCUAUGGUUUACAUAGGGCAAUGCUGAAAAAUAAAUGUAAUCAAAGAAACAAAAUGCAUUUUUUGCACUAUAGUGUUCUUAGACCUGAUUUUUAUACUGUCCCUGAGCUGUUUUCUCUGCAGUUUGCUGGGAAUGUUCUCCUUGGAAUCAUAUGCCCAAAUGUGAGUUGCCAAGGAAUUUCGACAGCUCUUCAGGGAACUAAUGGCAAACUGGUACAUUUUGCAAAUGGGUCUUCCAGAACUUCACUAGAUGGCCUCUAUCGUGCUAUCUCAAAGCACGGGCUGCUCUAAUGCCAUAUGGGCCUUUUUAUGGUUAAGUCUUUCCCUGUGGCCUUGACUUGCAUUGGUCCAUAAUGAGUCGUUCAGAUUUACUUACCGCACAGUAGUAUCUACUCAGAAUGUAGAUGAACACAUUUUGUUUGCUGACCUUGAAUCUACAGACAAUACAAAACAGCUGGAAUUUCUAAGUACAAAAACGGUACUGUUCCUUAUUCUCGUCAGAUUGGAAUGAUUUUAUAUUCCCUCUCACUCCUUUUCCUCUGUGAUGAGAUAUCUUUAGGAGUUACAUACAGUAAAUCCAUGACUACAACCUGCGGUGAAUGGCGUUUAAAAUAUGAUUUAACAAAGCAGCUCUCCGGAGCUGUCCAGUCUGUCUGCUGUGGAUCAGUCCUCCAUAUAGAGGGUGCAUCAGGAUUCCAGCAGACAGAAAACACAAGUUCAGUUUUGGAGUAGUACACCAGUCUCAUAAAUUGUAGGUGCAAAUUCUUAUCUGGACAGGGUUGAUAGAUUAGUUGCUCACACCUGAGGAAGGCUCCAUGGCCAAAACGUUGUUUUCUUUUUCUCUUUUCAGCAUGGAAUAAACCCAUUACUUGUGAUUUAUAGAUAAUUGCAUUGAUCCAACCUAUUACAGUAUACAGCAUAUAGCACUUUAUUAACUCCUUUAUAACAAUUAGGGCACUUCAUUUAGCCAAAACAAUUACACAAUUUUUCAAAGUUUAAAUUGAUUUCUUUGAUCUUAUUCAGUUUGACAUGAUUUACUUGCAAUACCACCUCUGGCAAAGGUUAAGCUUUAGCUUUGUGCAUCCUUUGCUUACUGCAGACAUUCAAGAUAAAGGCUUACAUGUGUCUAUUUAGGUUGAUAUCAUUUUAAAAUAGUAGUUUCCAAGAAACUGAUACAAAACCUGCAGUUUUCUUGGUGCUGAUACAGUCCCAAGGUGUAAUUGUGGUGUUAGUGCAUAUCUAUCUGAUUUGUUUAAUUGUGGAACUUCUUCAACUUUCUGUGCUUUCUUCAUGUUUUGUGACCGAAAGCGUAUUCAAAAUUCCAUGUACUGUACAUGGAAACAUAAUAGAGAUCUUAUUACCCGUAAUUAAUCCUUACUCCCUCUAAUCCAAAAGGUUAAUAAUAUAGUCUGCAAUUCCUUUAUGUUCCUAUUCUGUGGUGUAGUCAAAACCAAAAAGAAUGACAUUCUUACACACUAACAAAGAGAAGACCUGCUAUUGGCAUUUUGAAAUGUUAUUUAUUGCUUUGCUUAUUUAUGUUUAUCGCAAACAUGAACAGAUUGUGAGACUUUCACCUGCCCUUAUGGCAUAUUUUUCACAGAGCCCUUUGGAGUUCACAACAAGUCAGUUUAGCCAUUUGAAGCUCCAACUUCAAAGACCUGCUUAUUCGGCUCUUCCCCAUCAAAUGUUGCACGCAGUGUUUUGUCCAGACACCUGCUGAUUUGGCUGAGCUUUUCUGUUCUGUUUGCUUUGCUUAAAGGGCAAGAACUGUUUCUCACUAUCUGCUGGGCUGCUGGAUAGGACAGUUGAUGUUUUAGAUCAGAAACGGAGAUUAAAAUUGCAAAACGGUGCACAUCUGUAUGCUUUACGACAUAUGAAUGUUUGGUCAUAUCAACACCAUUAUAAAUUUAAUAGGGUGUGUGAGGAUUUGGGGAAGUGUUGUUGUGUUUUUUUUGUAUCUAUUGCAAAUAACAUGCUUUGUUUGUUUGUAUUACUUUAGAGUUUGAAGAAUAUAAAAUUGGACCUAUUCAUUAGUAUGGCUUUAAUAAUUGUACUUACACUGUAUUUAAAUAAGGCUAAUUGUCUAGAUUUGUAUUAGACAAUUGUUGGUCUUUAUGAAGAAUAUCGGUCACCAAUAGCUUUUGAAAACAUUUUUCUUGAGUGUGUCUGUGACAUGAUGUAGAAUUGUCCAAUAAUAGUUGGGCUGUCAGAACAGUUUCUGAGAUAAAGAUCUGUGUUGCUGACAGCCUCACUGUACAACACAGUUGAAACGUGCUCCUGACCUAUAAUUGAACUAAAAAAUGUAAACUUUCUUGGACUCUGACACAAUACUCUUGGUGGUUAUAAAUAUUGCUUAGCAUUAUCUGUUGUGUGGAAACUGAAACAAUUUUGGGGAAAAGAAGGGUUCAGUUCUUUAGUAGAAGCUCAAAAGAAAGUAAAAGCCAGGUGCAUAUUUUAUAUGGAAAUAAAAUUAAUGAUGACUUUUGGGGAGUUCAUCGGGGUUAGAAUUACCCAAAACCUACCUUUCCACCUAUGCAGAAAAUUGAAUAAGUACUUUUUUUAGUUUUGUUUAAUAGAGCCUUUGCCCAACUAAAAUGUAUGAAUUGACUGUAGCUUAUGUGCUCUUCCAACAAAUGAAAAGAAAUGUUUUGGGAUUGGACUGUUCUGUUGCAGUCAUAUCUUUAUACUCAUUGUAUAAUGAAUUCCCACACAUUUAGUGGUAUUCUUUAAUGAAGGAAAGAUCAUUUUUCUUCAUGACACUUAUUGUGGUAUAGUUGGUAUUCUAUGUACCCAAUACCAUUUACUUUCCCUGAGGGAGAGUCACAUCUUAUUCCUUAUAGUAUUUUUGUAUUGUUAAUUCCUGCCAUACAUCGUGCAGAAUGAAAGACACCAACAAGAAACUUGAUCAAACUGCAUCUAUUCAUCCUGCGAGAGAACUGUACUGCUGCUUGUCUGCUUCGGCAUUUAGCUUUGUGUAAAAUCUAUUACCAUCCCUUUCCUCUGUCAGACAUCAAAAAUACUUGAGUUUUCUGUUGCAUUUCUUCAAUACAUAUGUGUGCGCAUGGAGAAUGAAGAAAAACAAUUAGAAACUAUUUUUGUGGUCAGCCAUUCAAGCUGCCAGGUAGCACUGUACGUAGUUUUGGAAUGUUGUUUAAAAAAAAGAACAUUAAAAAGAUACAAAAAUAAGACCACAAUGUGAUUUAUGCACAUGUUAUUGUAUUCAUAUAUUUCCUGUAACAAAACUUUUAAGCACAAAUAAGAGUAUUUGUAAAGUUACGUACAAUUUUAUUUAUAAUAAUAAAAUAUUUUAUACAU